UUCAUUUCUAGUUUAAGUUUCACCCCUUUCAUCCUUACUUUUCCCCGCCGCCACACUUUUAUCCUUUCCUUAAAAUUUUCACCUUUAAAUUUUGAUCUUCACUCCUUACUAAUGGAAGAAAUAUUUACCGGUGACCGGCAAUUAACCGCCGGCAAUUUCCCCGAAGAACUAACUCCUUUCCCUGAACCUCAAUCUCAACUUCAAUCCUCCUCCGUUGAUUUAUUUUACCCUCAACCAACGCCAUUGAUUCCAUCCCCAACUCCCCAGAAACUCCGUCCAAUUAGAUCCAACGGCCGGAAUCCUCCUGAGUAUUCUAAUCAAAUUUCUCAAGACGAAGCAUUAGUUAGAAUUAAUGGGUAUAAUUCGUCGGAAUUAGGGUUUCUUCCAUUUCAAACAAACAUGGGUGGAAAUGUCGGAAACUUGGAAGAAGAUAUUAAUUCAGCUGAAGCUUUAAUGAAAUUGAAGACAGAAAUGGAUGCCCAAUUGAUUAACAAUUUCAAAUCCCAAGUUUCUCAACUCAAUUUCUCUUUAAGUUCAUCUUCGGAUGGUAGUGGUGAAGGAGAAGAGCCUAGUUCAAGUGGGAAACCAAGGAAGAAAAGAAGAAAAAAUAUGGAGUUAUUUUUACAAGAUUUAAUGAAUCAAGUUAUACAUAAACAAGAACAGAUGCACCAGCAGUUAAUGGACAUGUUUGAGAGGAAAGAAAAGGAGAGGAUUGAUAGAGAAGAAGCCUGGCGUCGCCAGGAGAUGGAGCGAGCUAAGGAGGAGCAGCAGAUUCGAGCACAGGAGGCUGCUCGUAAUCUGGCACUGAUUUCGUUCAUUCGCAAUGCGCUUGGAGUUCCGGAAAUACAGGUUCCGGAACUCCUACCAUUGCCUCAGUCCGAGGAAAAUGGUAGUUCAGAAUGUGUGCCAAUGCCAACUGAACAGGAUAAGUAUGAUCCUAAUAACAAGAGAUGGCCCACAUCUGAAGUUCAAGCUCUGAUUACUCUGCGAGCCGCAUUGGAUCAUAAGUUCAAUGGUUUUGGCUCGAAUUCAAAAGCUCCUGUGUGGGACGAAGUAUCAGCUGAUAUGGUGAAAAUGGGGUAUACUCGGACUGCUAAGAAAUGCAAGGAGAAAUGGGAUAAUCUUAAUAAGUAUUACAAGAGGGCUACUAGUAAUGGCAAGAAACAUGCUGAGAAUGCUAAGUCUUGCCCUUAUUUCAAUGAACUUGAAGCCCUUUACAAGAAUCGACUUAUUACUGGUGCAAAACCCGAUUCUCCUACAGUUGAAGAUUCGGAACCAACAAAUUAGAUUAUCUCGGAAUGUGAAUAUCAUUGCUACUUAUCGAUUUAUCCGAGAUGUCUCUCACACUGAUUUGUUUUGGUUUAUGUAGCUGAUGACGUUAGACAUACUAUUGAGAUUAAGGCUUUCCGAACUUUGAUUAGAGAGACAAAUUGUAUUGCAAUGCCUUCCUGCCUUUAGCUUCUUGGUUAGCAAACAGGAUUAUGUAGCUAAGAAAUUUGAUGAGCAUUAGGAGAAUGUUAGCUAGAUCGUAUUCAUGUCACAUGUAAAUCACUUACAUUUCAGCUUUUAGCAUAUUUAUGAAGAAUAAUUUGAUCUUAAUCAUGUGUGUUUUUAGCUUUUGCACUCCCAUUUCCCUCCUAUGAUGACAAUCUUAAUCAACAUACCUGGUAUAUCGUACUCGUAGAAGCUAUGAUCAGGGUUAGGGAGGCUAGAUGACGAUAGGCAAUACCCUUAUCAAAGGAGAUAAAGAGAUUGUGGCAGUGAGAGUCUCGGCUCAAAACAGACCCACAAAUGAAAACAAAAGGACAAAUAAAAGGUAAAAUAGCUAUUUCUAUGAGAUUAAUGUAAUGCCAUUGAAAAACUACAAAUCCUCCUUAAGAUUAACAUGAACUAACUAUGGACAUCUAGAAGAGUUAUUGCAAUGUGAAGGCGUUCCUUGUACUGCAUUAUCUACACUAGCAUGCCAUUGUCUCUUAACCAAAGCUCCAAUCGACAAUAAUCAUACAAUUUGAUUGAAAUUGUUUGCCUUGAUAUAUGAUCACCAAGACAAAAGCAGCAGAAGAAAGGAGUAGAACAAGGUUGAAAUCGGGAUUAUUGACAGCAGAAUGGCGAGCAUAACAGGGGGAUCAGGCUGCAUAUAAUAAGGAAAACUCAAUAUGAAUGAUGCCAUGAGCAAUACCAUCAACACCUUCGAGCAGUUUCGGUUCCAAUUCGUCUGCAUUUUCAAGCUAAGAAAACAAAAUUGGGAUACAAAGAGAGACUAAAAGGAAAAAACCAGCUAGAAGAUACAGUAAAGAAUACUGGGUUCUGUGCUAAGCUGUUGAUUAUGCAUUGCAUACUCAUUAACAUUAUUAAAGGUAAUUUAUUGUCCGUCACUUUGAAUUUGCUACAUUGCGCCGUUUUUAUUUGAGUAUAUAACCUAUUCUAGGGUCUCAACCAUUACCUUAAACUUUUAAUUGAGUUUGUUCUUGACAUGGUAUUAAAGCCAGCGUGAUGAGAGCUCACAGGUUUGAAUAUCAACCACCCCUCAUUUAAAGUGGAAUAUCAUCUAUAAAGAAAGUUUGCUGCAUCCACGCUUCUAGCCCAAAGUGCUCUCGUAUGAGAGAACGUGUUAGAGUAUAUAAUAUAUAUCAU